GGUGAAUUGUGGCCUUUAGAAAUAAACCAUCUUCGUAAGUUACCAGUAUUUGUCCAUAGGUGUUUUCCAUCCAUUGCCUGUAUACUUUGGAACUGUCGAGUAAGUAAUUGCGUAGUUAGACUUGCAGCACUAGGUAAAUAUGGUAAAUUGAUUGACGAGAUAGUGAAUCGACUGAGAUGGCUGGGGGAUGUAUUAUUUACGCAUAUCCACCGACUAAUUCGGCGCGCAAUGAUGACUGGUGUAGAAAUAAGUUGUAAGAAGGCUAGGGGCGGGCAAACCAGAAUUAAGCAUCAGUCCUAUUGGGAUGAGCUAUGCAAGUAAGUGCAGACUGCGUGAUUGGGGUCCACUUGGUUAUCGUAACCAAUGGUUAGAGACUUUGGGUAACCGUUGCUGCUGCCUUGACGUGGUGGUCGGGCUUGCCUAUCACGAUUAACCAAUCGAGCUAUACUGGCUGAAACAAUCGUUCUUCAAGGUCCUACAAUGCCGUGAAUGUCGGUUGAAGGCGGCAAGACUAAAAGCAGCAAGCCCAAGCUCUGAGGACGAAGUCGUACUGCUGACUGUACAGAGGUGUGACGGCAGUAAGAUGUUUUCUUCAGACAACCGGUAUAACAGCGAUGCUACCUUCCCACAAGGAAGGGUGGCGUUAGGAAAAGUCGUCCCUAAAAAUGCACACCUCACCUUGUCCCACAGAUCUCCGUCUCCAGAGGUAAAGUCCCAACAAGUACGGAGCUAACACAAAAAUUACCCAUAGCAAGGUCAUGUUUGACGGACCUGAAGCAGUUGUCCCUUGAGCACUGCGGUGAUACCCUCAGGUCACUAAGACCACCUCUAACCCAAUUUUCUUUCAGAUACAUCUAGAAAAACCCUCCCACGGUGUGAGCAACCGAGAAGUAAUAACCGUCGUCAUACCUCUAACAGCACUCAAGACCACUUUAUUCAUGGUUAAUCUUCCUGUUCAAUUCCUGUUAUUCCUCCUACCUCGACUUUCAAAUCUAAAUUCUCUCUUUUGACUUGCUCCCCAAGUGUCACCAUGGCCAACGAUUCUAAUACGCAAAAUACUGUCCCAGGUCCACUGGAACCUCGCUCUAAGCUACAUAUUGAAGCCUUCAACGUACGCACUUCAUGUCAAACCGACCAGCUGGCGUCAUUGUCUAAGACUAGAAUCUCGUACCAUUGAUGUAUGCGGUGUCUCCAAAACACACAUACAGGAUCCUAGUGUGGUCAUUCACUUGACCUCACCUUACCAAAACGGAGAGCCGACGUGAUACACUCUGUUCAUCUGGCGACCCGAUGGCUAGUUCUCGUGGACUGGCGGGUGUAGGCAUAACAAGCGCUUAAAAGGUAUCCUUGUUAGCAGUUGCCUAUAUGCUAUUCGGCUAAACGGCUCCGUAACAACUCGGUAGGAUAGGGACACACGUCGUUGCUUUUUCGUCGUUUCUGCCUACGCUCCCACUAACUACAGCCCGGAUGAAGUGAAAGAUGACUUUUACAGAAAGCUUUCUGAACUUCAUAAAGCUAAAUGCUCAGACAAAGUACUCGUAGCAGGUGAUUUUAAUGCCCAGGUAUGUAGCUUGAAUCAAACGGAUAAACAUUUAGGUGCGUAUUUUAGUAUUUCGGCUCAGCGAACAGAUAAUGGUGAUCGUCUGCCUCAACUGUGCUCAGACAAUGUCUUAUUUAUAGUAAGCACUAAUUUUCAGUAUAAGGAGAGACACUGUCUAUCACGGCGGCGACCCCGUGUAUCAAACCAAAGAUGGGCUCAAAUAGACCACAUUGCCAUCAGUCAUCGUUGAAGAUGCUCGAUAGAAGACUGGCACUCAUGCAAGUUGUUGCUCCAGGACUGACCUGAGUCAACACCUGAAUCAAGGAUAGGGAGUGAAGUAGUCAAACGCGUCGACCACUUCACUUAUAUUGGAAGUCUGAUCAGCCAUAAUGGGCUGGUGUCUGACGAAAUCUCUGUACGGAUCCAGAAUACUCGUUUGGCUUUCGCCAACUUACGUCACCUAUGGAAAAGGCGAGAUAUCCGUCUACCAAGUAAGGGACGAGUAUACUCCACAAGAGUUCGUUCUGUUCUACUAUACGGCUGCGAAAUAUGGUCGUUAAGGGUAGAAGAUACUCGUAAGCUACUAGUAUUUGACCACAGAUGCCUUAGAAAUAUUGCCAACAUAUGCUGGGAUCAUCGGGUAAAUAAUAAUGAGGUUAGACGCAGGGUAUUAGGAGAUGAUGGUAAAUCAGUUGAUGAGGUUGUAAAUCUUCAUCGACUGAGGUGGUUGGGUCACGUUUUACGUAUUCCUGAACAUCGAUUACCACUGUGCGCAAUGCUGAUCAGUGUUGGGGAUGAUUGGAAGAAAGAUAGGGGCGGCCAAACCAAAACGUGGCAUCAGUGCUUGAAGUCACUAACGUCUGGUCUGAGCCAUGUUGGUAGAUGCAGACUACUUGGUUGGGUUCUGCUCGACUACCGUACGAAGUUCCACGUUUUUACUGACUGACUGACGACUAUCGUAGCCAAUAGUUGGAGACUCUGGGUGAAAUGGCUCAGAAUCGAUCAGAAUGGCGUCGGCGUACACACUCUGUCUUCCUUUAAAUCGUGACAUUAAAAAUGUUUUAUAUCUUACUUUCUACUAACUAAUUCUUUCUUCCUGUAUUACAUACUUAUACACAAUCUUUCUUUUAUAUAUUACUACUAUUGGAGUAACUGCUUCUAUGAAUCCGGUGUUCGUUUUGCUGUGUUAAUGAGGUAUGGCGAAUUAGACCGAUGCAUAUAUGUGCCUUCGUCGCAGCUGACUGAAUAGAAGUCUUAUACGCAACCACGGCAUCAGUAGCUUAAUGCGAUGUGAUCAAUCUGACUCUAAUUUGAAUUGCAAGAGGAGGACUUCAGGUGUGGUGUGUGCUAUUGAUGAUUUGUUAGAUAUUCUUUAUUCAGUGCUUGAGAUUUAUUUGGAGGGAAAAACAGAUUUUUUGGCGAGUUAUUGAACGGUAGGUGGAGCUUUCAAGCAUCAGUUUUAGUGUUCUGUUUAUGGAGUAGGAUAAUAGGUGACUUAGUACUGAGCACCUUUUAUACCAUGUUUUUCUCGUAUCCAACAAACACUGUGACCACACUACCUUUUCUUUCACCUUUAUCUCGUUUUUAGUGAGCUAACAACCACAAUGCUCGUGCUAAAGAUCUUAUUUCAUUAACAUGAUAUAAAUUAAUAACGCGAGCUACCAAGGUUCAGUCAUAUUACAUAUGCAACAUGAGUAAAAGUACUACCCCGUCUGAAGAAUUUGGAUAUCCACACCUGCCUGUGCGUCAAAAAUCGGACCAAGAAAGUAUUAGUCAGUGCAUCAAAACUCUAAAAAGUCGCAGACCAAAUACUUUGGAUUUUUCACCUUUAGCUCUUGGAAAUUGUGACAGAAACCAUAAAACAUAUGCAAAACGGCCAACUGUUUUAUCUGUUCAUGAUUCUUUACAGAAAUCUGUUUGCAGUACGAGCGCUUAUUCUUCAUCAGCUAUCUCAGAUUGUCCAAUCAAAAGACCUAACUUUUUACCAAUACCUUCACAAGGAAGUAAAUAUCCAGGUUUUUCAAAACCUAGUGACGGACUCAUGCCAGGAAAUAGCAAGAAUAUCACAUCUACAGUUAAAGCCUCUUCUCCUUUAAAUAAUGGAAGCAUUCAUACUAUACAUCCUGAUUCUAUGGGAUUGUCUAUUAAGAAAAACACACAGUUGUUAAAAUAUCAUACCUGCCGAACUUCAGUAAGAUGUCGACCAAAUAAAUGUGGCCACAUGUCUACUAAGAAUUUUAUAGCAUGGUCGCGGAACAAUACACAGUUAUACAGUGUGUUUUGUUUUGACAAAUUCCGUAUCAUUCAUAAGAGAUUACCCUGUCCAUAUUGUUCUACUUGUAACCAUCAUAAAAGGCGUGCAUUUAAUCAUACAUCGUAUAUUUUUGGUGGUUCUAGCUACCUUCCACAUUCACAAAUGUUUCCUAGUUUACUGUCUUUUCGCAGAUGUUGUUCUAAUACUUUUACCAAACAUAUGAAUUUUACCUCUUCGGAUAUUCGAACUAGUUCCAUUCGCUUGUGUCCACGAUACUGUAGAAGAAUCAAUAACUCCGUUGAUAAUGUAACUUUCAGAAAAUCCAGUGAAACAAUCAAACAUCAAGUUUUUAACUCAACAAACUUACCUGAAGUCUAUGAUAUACUAAUGAAAUCAAAUAAAACACUUAGUGAACCCACUAAUAAACCUCAUAUUAAAAAAGUUACUCUACCUACUAAUAUAUUUAACAAUAAAAAUAUACAGACUAUAAAUAUUAAUAUUAAUGAUGCAAAUCAAAUCUUUCAACAACGAAUCGAUUCUUUGUUAACAAAUACUAAUCUUGAUGAAAACUGUUCAGAUGGUAAACAAUUACAUACUUUUAAAAAACUACAACAAAUUCAACUUAAUGAAGAUAUUUGGCCUCCUUUAGUAAUCAGUUCAUAUCCAGAAUUGGUUCUUCAAUUCAAUCCUCCCGUUGGACUUUUAAUUUCACUUCUUGAAAAUACAAACAAAAAGUCUGAUGAUUUGUAUAAUAAGAAUGUCCACGAACUAACUAUUGAUUCAGAGAAGGGUUUUUUAGACUCAAUGACCAUGACACCAGUAACACAAUCUGAAUGCUUAUCUAAGUCAGAUCAUGUGUCUCCUGGUAUAACAAUAGCUCUUACUCGGAAUCUUCAUAUUCGUGUUCAUCCAACUGAAUUAAAUUGCUGUUUAAAGCAAUCAGCUUGGUGUUUUUCAUCGAGUGGCUUUUAUCAGUUUGGUCAAGAAGAAAUUGUAAUUCUGUUACGUAGACGUUUUGAUGAAAAACUACCACCAAUGGAGAUAUUUUAUCAAUACUGGCUUAUAUAUCAAGCUUUAGUGAAUUAUGCUGAGAAACAAGUUAAAAGUGAUGUUAAUUUUGAAUCUUUCAACUCUCAAACGUAUAAUAGACCGUUCGGUUCAGCACCAUUUCGUUCACAUGAUUGUUUCUUUGAAAAACUUUACUUUGCUAAUGAUCGUUGUUCUAGUUCACCCUGUACUGAAUCAGAUAUGACGAAUGGUUACUAUUGGCCUAAUUCCAGAUCUUUAACAAGUAAUAAUUAUGGAAGUAGCAAUCCAUAUGGAUUUGUAUUUUUCCAUCCAACUCACCAAUGUUUAUUAGGCCUACAUCUACCGAAUCCACCGUUCUUAAUCGCUCUACUGGUGCAUAUACAAGAAGCACCUUGGGCAUAUCAUCUACCGAGUAGAAUUUUAUUGAAUCUAGGCAAAAUGUCACAUUAUUAUCCAACUACUUUGUUAUCCGACCGUGAUCGCAAGAUUUUAUUUGAUUGUAAACUAGACGGAGAAAGCUUCUUACAAUUAUUCACUAAUAUAAAACCAUUUAUCUAUCCAGAUUUCAUGACAUUUACACCUAAACAAAGAUGUAUUCCAUUACCAGAAUUAUUAUUUCAUAUAAAUGGAUUCUAUGCACAUUUGAAUGUAGUUAAAAGUGAAUCGGACACGAAUACUACUACUACACAUAAUAAUGGUGUCGAAGAUGUAAUUGUGGAGCUUCUAAUACCCAUUUCUUCAUGUGCUUCUGUGGCUAGGUUUCUAGACUCGAGUGCUAUGGAGUCAAUGACAUUUGCCCUAUCAGCCGAUUGUAACCCAAUGUCCGAUUCCCAUUUAGUUUGUUCGCAGUCAAAAAUACUACGCAAAGGUUCUAAAGACAACCACAAUAAGUUAAUUUGUCAGAAUGUGACCAAUUCACAAAUGGCCUCAAAUCUAAAUUAUCUUACUGAUCAAAAUUGUUUUCAAACCUUCGAGACUGAGGCUAUUUCAAUUGAAAAUACAAGACUCAAGACUAAUUCUGCCGACAUAUGGGAUUUGGAACCUAUUACUACAUUCUUAGUGCCAGUUCAUUACCAAUUAUGGCACUGGAUACAUCUGAAUAAAAGCAUUAUCCCAAAUAGUGAAAGUCAAUUAAGUUCUUUAUCGACUACCAAAUCAAGUGAUACACCGUGUUUACGAUUGGCAUGGAUUCGAUUUCAUGUGUUAAACAUCGAUCAACUGGAAUUUAUUGGUACAUCCUCAAGUAAAACAAUAACUUUUGGACAUUUUUCUAAUGAAGUUGCUGAAUGUGUAAUCAAAGCGCUUCGACCUUACCUUGGUCAUCUCCUAAACAAUAAUCGUACACAAAUCACACUACGCAUUCUGUUGCAACCACCAGAUCAGGUUGGCUAUCGGAUGGGUGCUUCAUGUCAGGAGGUAUACACACUGCACAAUCAACUGGAUUCAUCAAACGAUCUUGUAAAUGUCAGCUGUGAAAAUUGUGAAGAAAUGUAUGCUGAUGCAUUAGACGACAUACUGUUGCCUGUAUUAUCUUCAUGGACUAGUUGUUUAAAAAUUGUCGAUCUAAAUAUAAAGGAAAUCGAACGUCGCUCACUGGGUACUUCUAAUUCUUGUUAUCAUCCAAAUGAAAUAAUUCAGAUGGAAUUUGAUUUUUGCAUUUUAAACUAAAGUUAUGUCAGCUAGGAAAGUAUAUUAGAUAUAACAUCUGUAUCAAACGCUACAAAAUAAUCUGUACCCAAUUAUUCGGAUCUUUGUUUCUUAUUGUUCGUUCUACUUUGUUAUUUUGUUUAAUUGAUCCUUCGAUUAGGUUAUCUCAACAGUUUACUUUGUUAAGUAGCAUAAUUUAUUUGCUACUCUCCUAAACCAGUGUUCCCUAUUUUCUCUGUUUAUGUACAUAGUGAUUUACGUGUUGACCUUCAUUCAUUUAUUGUGAUAACUUGUAUUUGUAAGUCCUGGUUCCUUAUUUUUAUUGUUAUCUAAUUUCGAUUUGAAUAUCCAUGAAAUAGUUUAUUAAGUGAAAUUGAAGAUUUUUUUUUCCAGUUGUUUCUUGAGGUGAAAGUCGUCUUGCUUUUUUCAAAAACUCUUUCGAAAGAUAAGACACAAUAUUCGCUUUUUAAAUAAGUCCAACAUCGAGAACAAAGAAUAUUUCGUUGCUAAAUGUCGAUCUUAAGAUGAGUAAAUAAUAUGGUUUUCAAUAAGAUUGAAUCAUUAGACCAGUCUGAACCAUCCUGCAUAUGUACAUCUAAACAGUAUAUGUAUAGUUUAUUUGAAUUAUGGCUAAUCAAAAA